AUGUUAAAGAGGUUAGCCAAUCGUCAAAAUGGUUUUGCGUCAUUCUCGUGCAGCUCAGUCGGUCUGCGAUAUGGUAGGACUAAUCCAAGUACAAAGAGAAGCUUUUCACUUUUUCAAAGUGUAGCGGACACGUUUUUAACAGUGCAUGAAGCCUCACAUAUACCAUGGAUAGUGCUUGUUCCUUUGACUACUAUGACCCUUAGAACCCUCGUGACGCUGCCAUUCAGUAUAUGGCAGCGGAGGAGAAUUUUGAAACAACAAGAACUGAGGAAAUUAGUACAGCCAAUAACGCCCAUUAUUAAACUUCGACUGGCAGCCGUUACUAAUAAAAAGUCUAGAAAUGCCGCCAGAAUUAGCUCCAACGGUUCUUUCAUGCCGUUACAACUACAGAAUGCUGGCGUUUUGACACCAGAACAAAUUACACUAUUGGCAGUGAAAGAGACAAGAAAGAGGCAGAAAAAAUUAUUCAAGAAGUACAAUGUACCCCUAUGGAAAAAUGCCUUACUGCCAAUGGUGCAAAUUCCUCUUUGGGUCACAGUCUCCAUGGGCAUCAGGACCCUAACAGAGACACAGCUUAUAGAAAGUUUUUAUCCUUCCUGGUUUUCCGCACUGGGUUUCAGUUCCUUUGAUCUAAGCUCACCGCUAGUAGCAAUGCCUCUACUAGCGCCCAUUUUGGUGGGGACUCUGGCGGUAUUAAACGUGGAACUCAAUGGCCGACUGAUGUUUAGCUCAAGUUUGUCAUCGCAAGGUAUAAAGACAAUUUCAAGGAAUUCGACAAGAGUCCAAGAGGCAAUGACUAGUAUACUGAACGUAUCGAGACUCGGUUGUGUCGUUAUGCUAGCAAUGUCCUCACAGGCUCCAUUCCUUCUUUCGCUCUAUUGGAUAUCAUCACAGCUAUUCUCCCUGGUGCAAAAUAUCAUAUUAAAUUGGAUUUAUCCUUACCAACGAUGA